AUGAAUCUCCUCGCUGUACUGACCAUUCUAUCAGACCCAUCUACACCUGGUCUUCAGAGUCCUGGGAAUGUUUCUGUCCAGCUGUCAUCCUCGGCUACUAUCUGCUGUUCCUACUCUGCAGACUAUGAGAGCAAUAAGAAAUACUGGUGUAGAGGAGCUAAACACGCAAACUGUUCCACUGUUGUGAACACUGAGGACCACCAGAGAGAAGGCAGGACUUCAAUCCGAGACGACCCGGCCCAGAGAACCUUCACCGUUACUAUCAGUGACCUCAGCCUGGAGGAUGGAGGCUGGUACUGGUGUGGAAUAAAGAGAUCAUUUUCUCUUAAGGAUGAACUAGCUCCUGUCUUCCUCACUGUGACAGAUUCGAGACCCACAGAUACAAAACUAGGGACGACUACAUCACAAGAUGGAACAGAAAUAACCACAGGAGACCCCACUGAGAUGUCCCCUGUGACCAGUGGGUACACGACAAUGACUGCAGCUCACAUUCAUCCUGCUACUGAGGAGCCCAGGGGGUCUUAUACCAGCCGUUCUGAUGAAGAGCCCAGAAAUAAUACAGUGCUGACAGCGCUCGGAGCCUGCUUUGGAGCUCUGCUGUUCCUGUGCUGCCUGACAGUCCUGAUCGUAUUAAAGAUUAAAGAUAAAAGACGGAAAGAGGCUGUAAGGAACAGUUUAAAGCAAUCCUGUGUGACUGGUGCGAAGGUCCUUUCUGGCUCUUCGAGGAAGCAGUCAGAUCACUGCUGCCUGCUGGUGAAGCAACUGCAGCUUCCAGGUCUCAAGGAGAUGAAGAUGCAACUCUUGGAGCUACUUCUGUUUCUAAAUUUCGGUCCACUUUUUUCCGUAGGUCAGCUGAUAACCUACUCCAUUAACCAAGGACAAGAUUUUCAAAGGUUAUUUACACAUGACAAUUACCACACACACUAUGGGAAAUACUGCUGCAAACAGACACAAAGCAGAUGCACCGUGUUUAUCAACACAAAAGGAUUUAUAGCUAAUGAAUACUGGAGCAGAGCAAGAAUAAAGCAAUACAGUGGAGCAAUAGAACUAAUAAUAAGAAAUGUCCAGAAGAGAGAUACCGGCGUUUACCGAUGUGGAGUAGAUGGAUUCAAUCUACAUGUCAAUUUUCAUCUACAAAUUGCAGCUCCAGAAACUCAAACACCUCCCAGAACAGCAGCCCCUGCCAGCACGGUCAAAACCACCACACUGGUCACAGCUGGGUUACAGAACCAGAGUCCGGACAACAGAGACCAAGAAUACAAGUGGGUAAUUCCUCUGGCAGCCACUCUAGCUGUGUUGAUGUUAGUGCUCAUUUGCUCGGUUGCAGUCAUCAUAAGACGUAGAAGAAAGAAGACCGAGAAUAAACCCGCAGCCCCCAGCGAGACUUCCGUGCCCUUGCCCUCGUGUGAAUCCUUACCAGAACUGGACAGCAUCACCUACACCACUGUGGAUUUUAAACCCGCCCAAAACAACGAUGCUUUUGACCUCUACGCCAAUCUGAGGAUGCACGAGAGUGAGACAGCACCAGCCAGUCGCAACACAGACACAGUGGAAUACUCCACAGUGGCCUUCAAAGUCCAAUAGGAGAGCGGUCCUGAAAAACAUACUGCAUUUUGUGCCGAAACAUUUCAGCCCACUCAAUAAGCAUAAUAAUGUUCACAUAAUGAACAAGUAAUGCUGUAGGUUUAUUCCAUGCUGAAAAGAGAAGAAAGAAAACACGACGCUUCGGCUGUGGAGCCUUCUUCGGAUGGAUGGAAUGGAAAUCAUGCAUGCAUGGAAUAACCCUAUUACUUGUUCCUUUGCAGCAUACUUGGACUGAAAGUCCUGCAAUUCAUGUAUAAAAGGCUCUCCUUGACAUUGCAAUUCUCCUCGUGUAAACAUUGUAAUGAAUGCUGCUUUUAACAUUUUUUGCACUGUUGUAAAUACACUGAAAUCUGUUUAACUGAAGAGGAGAAUCACGGGUUUAUAAUAAUAAUAAACUUUAUUUUACAUAGCACCUUUAAAGGUGGCUUCUCAAUUCA